AUGGUGAAGGCCUUGAAUGAGCUGGAGGAGCUCAAGUCUAUUCAAGAGAAAGGGCUGCCAUGGUAUGCUGAUAUUGUCAACCAUCUCUCUUGUGGAGUAGAGCCUCCUGAGUUGAACAAUUAUCAGAAGAAGAAGUUCUACAAAGACAUAAGAAGAUUCUUUUGGGAUGAGCCAUACUUGUAUGUGCUCAACAAGGACCAUUUGUAUAGGAGAUGUGUAGCUGAGGAAGAGAUUCCAGGGAUUUUUUUGAGUGCCAUGGGUCUGCAUAUGGUGGCCACAAUGCUGCUUCCAAAACAGUGGCAAAGAUCUUACGAGCUGGAUUCUGGUGGCCAAGCUGUGGCAAGUCCAACUACUGACUCCAAGGUCGUGGUGAAGCUGUUCAAGACCAUAAUCAUUCCAAGAUUUGGGGUCCCUAGGUGUGUGAUAAGUGAUGGAGGUAGCCACUUCAUCAAUAAGACCUUUGAAGGUCUUCUCAAGAAGUAUGGAGUGAAGCAUAAGGUUGUUAGUCCUUAUCACCGUCAAACAAGUGGCAAAGUAGAGGUUUCUAACAGGACAUCAUUUAAGACACCAAUUAGUACUUCUCCUUUCAACUUUCUGUAUGGGAAAUCUUGUCACUUGACAGUGGAGUUGGAAUACAAGGCUUGGUGGGCUGUUAAGCUGCUAAAAUUUGAUAUAAAGAAUGCCCAAGAGAAAAGACUCUUUCAGUUACAAAAUCUUGAUGAGAUAAGACUUGAUGCUUAUGAGAGCUCAAGGAUCUAUAAGGAGAGAACCAAUAAUCUUCAUGACAAGAAGAUAAUGAAAAGGGACUUCAAGGAGGGUGAUCUAAUGUUGCUCUUCAACUCAAAGCUCAAGCUAUUUCCUAGGAAACUAAAGUCCAGGUGGUCUGGUCCUUUCAAGAUCAAGGAGGAAAAACCUUAUGGAGCUGUUGUGCUGGAAGGCAAGAAUGGAUAA